CCUGCCAGGACCUUCAAGCCAGCCAGCACCCUGCCUCUCCAGCCAACUCCUGCCUCACAAGCAAUAAACUUUGUUCCACUACCCAUCAACUCCCACUCCGUGUCUGCAGAGGCCACAAAUAUGGCAAUCCUUCCCAUAUUUGUUGAAAUAUUUCAGACUGGAGCAAAGUAAUGUGCCACUCGCAGGACAAUAAUUAAACUGACUGUGGUUUGUGGUUCUCAUCGUUUCAUUUAACGAAACUUUAAUUGACUGUAUCUGAUUGGACUAUACUGAAUAAAAUGAAUUAUCGCCAAAGAGGAGAAAAGAAGCAUCAACAGCAUGUGCUGGAAAGAAGAGCAGGAUAUAAAUAGAGCAGAACAGGGGAUAAUAAAAUACAACAAGCACUAAAACAAGUAGAUGGAUUUAGCAUGAGCAGGACGCAUGAAGCAGACAGAAGUCAAAGCAAAGAAAAAGGGGAAAGUGAAUAAGUACUUUCGCAAUAGUAGAACAUUUUUGUGAGGUCACAAGUGAUUUAGUUUUUUAUGGGGAAGGAGUAGAACUCAUUACAGUCUGGUUUGAAAUCUGCCUAUUACUCUAUUCUGUGGUCUGAUUGCUCCGCCUAUUAACUGCUGGACAGAGGAAGGAAAAGCCUCCACCAAGAUGACCAUCUCUGUCUGUAAUUUACUAUGUUUGUCAGAUAAAACUCCUCCUCAGGGCUAUUACUCUCCGUUUCAUAGUUUCCAUGUAAAACCUGCUCUGGACUUCUGAAAUAGAGGCUACAUCCCUUUCAGUGCUGGACAUCUCCAAAUCAACUAUUGUCACAUUCUCUUUAAAAGAAAAAGAAGAGGAGUGGCACAUUUAACCUUGGAUUUUAAAGUUUCAUCAGAAUGAACAUCAUCUUUUUGUCUUCACUGCUGGGUGUAGUUCCCCAUGUUGCUGCAUUUAAAGGAUCUCUGGAGGCCAGUGUCUCUGUGAAGCCUCCAGGGCCAAACAUCUACCUGGGUGAGAGUGUGCUCCUGCAGUGCACAGUGGAGUCCCUCGCUGCUUUCGUGAAGAGCUACCGGUGGUUCAGGUCCAAACCACACAGGGCUGCCACCCCCAGGCACCUGGUCUCUGGUGACAGCUACUUCAUCACAGCGGUAACACAGGAGUACGCCGACAGGUACUGGUGCCAAGCCGAGUGUCGGGAGAACCGGACUGAGUUUGAGCUAAAGGCCCGGCUGGUCUCGCUCGGAGUGUCAGAGUUGCCCCCUCCCUCGCUCUCUCUGACUCCUGACACCAGACAGAUGUUCAGUGGGGAGUGUUUCACUCUGCAGUGCCUCACAUCUCAGACUAACUCCUCAGGGUGGAAGCUGGUGCAUUUCUCUCCUGACCUAAAAGCAGGGACCUCAAACCUCACCGUUCACUAUUCACCACCAGGAGGUAGCAUGAGCCCUUACAAGUCUGAAGCAUUUGUGCUCACUGCUGCCAGUGGGACCAGUGGAGUGUACUGGUGUGAGGGCGCCAGGGGCCCCAGCAACGCAGUCAACAUUACAGUAAGCUAUGGCGACAUCAUUCUGAAGACCCAAGCCUCCCCUGUGUUUACGGGUGACGAUGUCACCUUGUGUUGUCAGUAUCAGAGCGGCGAACACAAACAAACCAGCUUCUUUAAAAACGGAGCAUUGAUUGACUCUAACAGUUCGUCCGGUUCAGACCGAGUCAUAAAGAUGACUCUUAAGAAUGUGACACGGGAAGAUGAAGGCUUCUACAGGUGUGCGUCCCACGACAGACAGCUGCAGAGUCCAGAGAGCUGGUUAUCAGUGAGACCGGACAGAGGAAACUUCACAUCAGAGGAGACUCCAGCCUCCACUGGGUCCUGGAAAUGGAUCAUUGCUUCAUGUGGGAUUCUACUUCUGAUCGUCAUUCCUUUGACUGUUUGGCUCGUUUGUCACUACAGGUACCAGAAGUUCUGCACUUGGAGCUGCUGGCCAGUUUCCAAACAGGAAGUUCCAGCAGGGGUGCUUCCUGCGACCAAGCUGGAUGUGACGGAGGUGCAGUGGGACCUGUCCUGGAUGGAGAUGUCCAACCUGUUGGAAAAGGAUUCUUAUUGUGGCACUUAAAGGGAAACUCUCUUCUGAAGCCCAGAGAAAGUAUUAACUACAGGGUCAAACCUAUGAGAAAGCUCAGUCAGUGCUGCAAUUUGUAGUAUUUGAUGGUCACAUGUCAAAAUAGUGCUGCCUGAUAAAUUUUUUAAUUGAAUUAAAUGAGAUGUUUAGUAUUUAUAAGUAUGACUACAUUUGCUGAUGGUGCAGUUUGGAUAGCUUCCAAUACAAAUGUUAUCGUUUCAUCUGUCACAUUUGUCAAUGUCAAUACUUUUGCAUAUUUAAACGUCCCUCCUUUGAGUACAUUUUGAAACUAAGAAUCGUAUUAGUUAUAUCUUAUUAUCUAAUCAUUAAUAUAAUUGACUGUUCUAAAUCAUUUUACAUGUAUCAUUUCUCCUGUGUUUGUUCGAGGUUCCAUGUUGUUUGCUCCCUUUGAAUCAUUAUUUGCUAUUUCUUGUCGUCUGAAGUUAUAAAAGUCAUAGAAAUCGU